CGUCGCUUUGCAAGGUUUGGAAGUGAGUGGAGUGUGUACAUGUCGUCGGAGGCAAUGUGAAUCCCACUUCGUUCAGUUAUCAGGCAGUAGCACGUGCAUCCUCCCAGAAUGCGUCGCCAUCCAGCCAGAGGUACAGCGCCGUACACUGUCAGACAAUUCAAACAGCCCUCAUGGCGCGAAAUACUCAAGCGCCCUACCGGUCUAUCAGAUGAUCUCUUGCUCGACGCACUGUUGGACCCCAGAAGCGGUUUCAAGAGCUUCCUCUCCACUUGCAGCCGCGACUGCUUAGACAUUCGUACAGCCGUCAUACUCCUGGAAAAAGCUUCUUCAUCAUCUUUGCAUUCACAGAAACUGAUGGAGCUCUUCAGCGCUGUUGCAUUUUCUGAGUCAUUCAUGCUUUUCCAGUUACCCUUGCUGUUUUCAGACUGCAAGGCUAAAGCGGGGCGGGAUAAUGUCGAUGUUCUUCAGAAGUCGAUCUCGCUGCUGACUCGUCUUCAAGCCUCACUUCCAGCAACGACAGCGCAGCAUCUGGUAACACUUUUGCCAUUAGUAACGGACCUCGUGACUUCCAUGGAAGGAACGUUGCCGAAGGAACUCGGAGCUGCAAUUUCCGAGCUGGAAGCUAUGAAGGAUUCCUUCCUGGCAGAAACACACGCAAGGGAGAUGGUAAAGCAGGAACGGUUGCACGCAUUGUCGCCACCGGACAACUUCAGGGAUGUUCCCGUGAUACCACUACUGUCUGAAUUGGUCGCCUCCACGAAGCCAUUCUUGAGGCCGAACAUCGUCCGUGGAGCUUACGCUGACAUCGACCAUUACUUGGAUGUCCAGUACAGACUUUUGAGAGAGGAUUUCGUGCGGCCAUUGCGUGAGGGGAUGCAGAAGCUCCUUCGAGCAGGCAUGGAGGUCAGGCACAUCGAUGGCAUUAACGUUUACAGCAACGUUGAGGUAGGAGAGUCUGACAUCACAAGGGGUGGCAUUGUGCAUGAACUCCUGUUCAACGCCUCUGCUUUUCGAAGGGUCAACUGGGAAAGGACAAAACGGUUCAUGAACGAUAACUUGAUUUGUUUGUCGAACGACGGCUUCCAGACUAUCUUCUUCGCUACGGUGAAAGGGCGAGAUCCCGAGAAGUUGAAAGUAGGAAGACUCACUGUGAUGUUCGAGGAUCAUUUUGUUGAGACUAUUAUCUGGAACCGCUACACUAUGGUGGAAACGCAAAUAUACUUUGAAGCGUACAAGCACAACCUUGUGGCGAUGCAGGCUAUUCGUGCAGGUUCGUUGCCCUUCUGCCAGUAUAUCGUACAAGCAACUCCCGAAGUAAGUAGUCCAGCGUACAUGGAUGGGAAUACGACGUACGACAUAAGUCCUCUGUGUAAAAAAUCAUCCCAGCCGAGGCCUGUAACCGUUUUGGACGAGAAUCAAUGGCCAUCUCUCGAAGACCUUCAGCUUGAUGCAUCUCAGCUGGCUGCUGUGAAGAUGGCUCUGCUCAAGGAAUUUUCGGUAAUCCAGGGCCCACCAGGCACUGGGAAGACUUACAUCGGUCUGAAAAUUGUGGAGGUGCUUCUAAGGAACAUCAACGUGUGGCGAAGAGACAGCCUUCCUAUUCUCGUUGUCUGCUACACUAAUCAUGCUUUAGACCAGUUCCUGGAAGGAAUACUGAGAACAACUCGUCACAUUGUACGUAUUGGUGGGAGAUGUAGCAGCAGUUCCUUGGCGCCAUUUACGCUGUUUAAUAAACGGACGGAAAAGGCGAGACUUGGCUAUGAGGUUCGAGAGAAACAUACAGAAUUGCAGGAGAGCCUCCAAGCUUUGUCAACAGCAAUGUCUGCAAUAUAUACCGUAAGCUGCGGGUAUGUUGACCUCGAGAGGCACAUGUCACGUCGUGUACAGGACAGCUUUAGGAGGCGUCCUUACGCUGUUGCUAAGGGAUUUGGAUCCUGGCUUGAGCUCGACGCCUUGAAAAGGGAGUUCACGGAUCAGUUUGUUCACAGAACACAGGAUGAAAAACCACAAGACGAACUUGGAGAGGGCGACAUUGAGGAAGAGUUCGACGAAGAUCUUGAAACAGAUCGAUACGAUGAUGGUGAACUCUUCCGCGAAACCGGAUCUACUGCCGCAAUCAGGCCCACUGUAGCAAACAGUGCAGAGUUUGAGAAGGAGCAUGAAUGGUACCUUCACUUAUACGGGCUAGUGUCUGCUGACGAUAAGGCUCUUGAUGAUUAUGAAGUAAGUAACGUAUGGAAGCUCCCUGUCGAAGAACGUUGGAAGCUCUACCGGUACUGGGCAUCAGUGGCUAUACAAGGCAUGCAGGGAGAUGUGGCAGAGGCCAGAGCUGGUGUGGCUGAAAUCAAAAGGGUGAUGGAGGACGAGCAGCUGAAGGUCGAUCUUGGUGCCCUCAGUAACGCUCUUGUUGUUGGAGCAACCACGACGGGAGCGGCAAAAAAUCGUGCUUUGAUCCAACGUUUGCAGCCAACAAUAGUCGUCGUGGAAGAGGCGGCAGAAGUGUUGGAAGCGCACGUGGUCACAAGUUUGGCCGCGACUACGCAGCACCUGAUCCUGAUCGGUGACCACAAACAACUAAGACCUUCGAGCGCUGUCUAUGAGCUUGCAACGCGGUAUAAGAUGGAGGUCUCACUCUUCGAGAGGAUACUGACUAAUGGCAUGGCUUGUCAACAGCUUGAGGUCCAGCACAGAAUGCGACCAGAAUUCACAAAGUUGCUUGUUCCUCACUUCUACGAGAAGCUAGAAAACUUCCCCAGUGUUGAACGCUAUGAGAACAUUAGAGGCUUGGACAGCAAUAUAUUCUUCAUGACUCACAAAGUAUUUGAGGCCGACGAGGCUGACACAAAGAGUCACACAAACGUUCACGAAGCCAGUUUUGUGGUCUGUCUCGCCGAGUACCUCCUGAACCAGGAAUACGACCCGGCUCAUAUUACGAUCCUAACACCAUACAACGGCCAAAUGUUUAUCCUCAAGGACUUGGCCAAAAACAGAGCUUGUCGCGAUGUUCGCAUCACAGUGGUAGAUAAUUUCCAAGGGGAAGAAAACGACAUCAUUAUCCUGUCCCUUGUUCGUUCCAACCCCGAAAAAAAGGUCGGUUUCGUGAAAAUACCAAACCGCGUUUGCGUUUCCCUCUCCCGGGCCAGGAAAGGACUGUACUGCAUAGGAAACUUCGACAUCAUUGGUCAGUCUAGCGAAAUAUGGAAGAACAUUAUGAAGAAGCUGCAAGGCCUACAUGCGAUUGGACCCGAGUUACGACUGCGCUGCCGGAACCACCCGGAGACGGUAACCGCCGUGAAAACAGCGGACGACUUUGCGAAGGUUCCAGAAGGUGGUUGCGGCAUACCCUGUACGGUUCGCUUGGACUGCGGCCACUCCUGCGGCUUGCUCUGCCACGGAUACGACAGGUUCCACGAGGAGUUCAAGUGCAAAAAGCGCUGCGAGAGGAAGUGCCACAACGGGCACGGCUGCAAAUUGCUGUGUUCCGAAAAAUGCGGGAAAUGCACCGUACCUGUUCUCACACAAUUCCAGCCCUGUGGCCAUUCGGGCGAGGUCGCUUGCCACAAAACACUUUCAGCACGUUGCCCAUUGCCGUGCGAAAAGGUAUUUGAAUGUGGCCACAAAUGCCCCAGGGUAUGCAGCCAGCAGUGCGAGAGUCCCUGUCGGACUGUCGUAACCGUAAAGGGCGAGUGUGGUCAUGACGUAAGCCUGGAGUGUCACUCAGCGAGGAUGGGUCGCGUGAGUGACUGGUGCAAGGCACCGUGCGAAAAGACGCUUUCGUGCGAUCAUCGUUGUUUGCAAGCAUGCAGGCAAGUUUGUCGUUGCACUACGUUAGUAACGGCUACAGGAAAAUGCGGACAUGAAUGUGAAGUUCCUUGCGACAUGUCCAAAAGCCCUAAUAUGAUCACCGUAUUAUACUGUGAUCAUCCUUGCGAAAAAACUCUAGAGUGCGGGCAUCGCUGUCUCCUAAAAUGUCGAGAAAGUUGCACUAGUAAUUGUGAAGUUGUAGUAACAGUAGACUGCAAAUAUGGCCAUCGAGACAAAGUUCCAUGCUUCAUGUCAGAAGGCUAUCGUUGUAAGAAGGAGUGUAGCAAGACGUUAGACUGCGGCCACCCAUGCAGAAAAAUGUGUUUUGAGGACUGUGGAAUAGUGUGCCACGAAAUCGUACAAAUUAGGCUUGCCUGCGAACACCUCGUUGAGGCCGAAUGCAGCGAGCAAAGCUGGAUCAUGAAGCAGCCAUGCGCGGCAACGGUUACGGUAAAAUGUGCGUUGGAUCAUGCUGUACGUGUCCUCUGCGCCUCUGCCAACAACGUCGCCGCUAUCCAAAUGCUCUGUGAGGCUGGUUGUUCGAGGCUACUACCCUGUGGUCACCAGUGCGCACUUAAGUGCAAAGAGAUAUGCAACACCGCACCUUGUAAGAUAACGACUUUUGUAGACCUGCAAUGCGGUCAUAGAGCAUCCGUUCCUUGCCACGUGAAAUUCGCCCUUGAAUCUUUGAAGGAGACACAAGAUGAACUCAAAGCAUUUUACAUCAAGCACAAAAAUGUGCUGACAUGCAACGAACAAGUACAGGUGACCUGCAAAGCAGGACAUAAGAUAAAAGUACCGUGUUCUGUUGGGGAUGCCGGCAAAGUAGUACCCACGUCCCGCUGUAACGCUCCUUGCAACGUCACUCUUCCUUGUGGCCAUCUAUGUGAUUCUGCUUGCUCCAAAUGUGCUGAGGUAAAGGACCAUCCGCCGUGUACCAAGCGCUGCCAGAAGACACUACCAUGCGGGCAUCCCUGCACGGACACGUGCACGCAGCCCUGUACAGUAUGCAACGAACGCUGCUUGUUGCUAUGCAUCCACAGACCUUGCGGCCUUCCUUGUGGCUAUCCCUGCCUCCCGUGCUGUCUGCCCUGUCGAUGGAAAUGCGAGCACGCUCAGUGCACCGUUACAUGCUCGGAGCCGUGCAACAGACAGCCGUGCAGCGAGCCCUGUCCGAAGGAGCUUCCGUGCAAACACCCUUGCUUAGGAUACUGCGGUGAGCCGUGUCCGAACGUGUGCGAGGUUUGCAAACGGUCUAAACAUUUCAAGGAUGUCAAGGGUGAUGUUCGCUUCGUUCUUCUGCUUGACUGUGGCCAUUCUGUGCCAGACAACAUCCUGUCGAAGCUAUUCGAAGAGGCCAGGAGGGACCAAACUGGUCCAGUGCAGUGCCCGAUAUGCAAACGCAAGGUUACAUUCAGUUUCAGGUACGGCACAUUCGUCCGGGAGUACAUGGAAACGAUCAACAAGGAGAAGAUGCUCAUCUACGACCGUGCCGCAAAACCCGAUGCGAUCGCAAUCCCUGAGACGGAAAAAGUUGGCGGUGCAACUGCAACCAGGUUAUUUCAACGGCGUUUGAACGACAGAGUGAACAGAAGAAGAGGCAUGGACAGAAGACGGGGAGACAGAAGACGUGGACUCACAGCGACUCCCUCGCGUCCAAGAUCCUGGCGACCAAACCAGAGGGACACGCCGUACAGCGAUGGAGUACCAGGAGGAAGCCAAGCGGAGUACAACGGACAUAUGGACAACGCCUUUGACGCGUAUGACGCGUCUGACUAUUGGAUGUAACGUCCAUGGCCUGUGGAGAACACGUGGUCAGCCUCCUAAUACUCAGUGUUCGCGCUUUUCAGCGUUGGCCCCUCUUGCCAGUGGUGCUACGGCCGCGGUACCUAUGGUAGAAGGUCAACGAAAUGGCGUUUCUGAAAGAGGUGGCUUCAGCGGAAGGCCACCUGGUUGGGGAACAGGUGGUCGUGGUAGGGGGUCGCAUGGUGGUAGAAGGGUUUCAUAGUGCACGUGCUUGUGGUUUUACGUGUAAAGUUUUUCAUGAUAGGCACUUGGCUUAGUUGACGCCGAGCACUGACUACCUGUAUGCACAAUUAAGGCUCUCGGUUUUCUGCUGCGGCAAAUUCAAAAUUCUGCGGCGCCGACUUGUAAAUUCCGCGAUUUUCCGCGGCGUGCAGUCAACGGCUCCUUGAAACGGGAAAAACUUUAUUUUCUUGGAUAAUGCGGGAAGAAAAAAAAUAUUUUAUAAAAUUACAGAUACAAGAUACAGAUACUGUUGUGACUCAGCAUUACAUACAUGAUAUCUUAUGUUCCCCUCUGAUGCGGUCUGUCGCCUACAGUGUCGACAAAGUUUAUAGGAAAGAGUUUACAAUAUAUGACUUGGGGAAGUCACGUUUUUAGGACGCCAUUUUUUGUUCCUGGGCCGUAGACAUUAUUUUAAGAGUCUUAACUUUUCGAAGGCAACUUCCGGUACAUCAAUUCAAAAUCGCCCACUGCUACCGCUAAACUGCACACGGGAGGGACUCUUCCCCUUCCUGAGGCGAAAUAUGCACAAUAACAUUGGGCUAGCGUUGUCUCAUGCUUAACAACAAUCUGUCUGUGUUUGUCCUGCAGCAUGCACCAUAACGUAAAGCAGGCUUCACCUCAUGCAAUGAAGCGUCAGGUGAAGCCCACUUUCGGGGGGUGUCGUUCGUAUUCGGCGAAUAGUCGAAUAUCCGGGAAGUCGGGUAUUGGGUAUUCGUUUCGCGAAUCGAAUACUUGGAGUGAUUGAUAUUCGAUACGAAUUCGGAAGCACGAAUCUCCGCACAAGCCUAAAAAUCAGGGAUUCCGUGAAAUUCUGCGCCAAACGAAGGAUUCCGCGACUAAUUCCGCGAAAUUUCGCGGAAAACCGAGGGCCUUAAUGCAUAAUGCGGGCGCAAGCUUGACCAAGCACAGGACGUGUUUUACAUGUUGUUUCCGCAAAUCAGUUGAGAGGAGAUUUGUAGUUGAAUAAACUAUAGAGUUCCA